CCAGAACAUCACACAUCACACACUCACAGGUACUCAGGCUAAAUCAAUUGGUGUUAUUGUCUCUGGCUCUGUCUGGUCUCCUUCUUUCUCACAGAUCCUCUGUCAGAUCCUCUCAGGUCUCUCAGGUGUGACGGAACACGGAGCACUGAACGGAACACAGAAGGAGCUCCAGCAACAACAGAAUUACCACCAUGUCUGCAGGGUUGGAGUUAGUCGGGAUCGCUCUAUGCGUAUUAGGAUGGAUCAUUGCCAUCGUGUCCUGCACCCUGCCCAUGUGGCGAGUAACGGCCUUCAUCGGCAGCAACAUCGUCACGGCUCAGAUCAUCUGGGAGGGUCUGUGGAUGACCUGUGUGGUCCAGAGCACAGGCCAGAUGCAGUGUAAGGUCUAUGACUCCAUGCUGGCUCUCUCCCGGGACCUUCAGGCUGCCAGGGCUCUCACGGUCAUCUCCAUCCUCCUGGCCAUCCUGGCUGUGCUCAUCGCCAUCGCCGGCGCCAAGUGCACCAACUGCAUCGAGGACAAGGCAUCCAAAGCUAAAGUCAUGAUAAUCUCUGGGGUGUUCUUCAUCGUGUCAGGAGUCAUGCAGCUGAUCCCAGUGUCCUGGUCGGCCAACACUAUCAUCAGGGACUUUUACAACCCGCUGCUGACUGAUGCACAGCGCAGAGAGCUAGGGGCAGCGCUCUACAUUGGCUGGGGGGCCUCAGCCCUCAUGAUCCUCGGGGGAAGCCUCCUCUGCUACUCCUGUCCCCCUAUGAAGUACAAGCCCUCACAGAUGGCAUACUCUGCCCCAGGCUCUGCCCCAGGUGGGCCUGGGUUCCAGAGAAAAGACUAUGUGUGAUGGGACAAUGGAUGGGACAAGGACUAUUUAUGUAACAACCAAAAACGUUAUUCUACACCUGUUUCUAAUGGUGUGUCUAAGAAAGGGCUUCAUGAAUGAAGGAGACUCCGUGAUGAAGGGAUGUGUUUUAUCAUUGUUUUGUUGGAUUUGUCUAUGUGUGUACAGUAUUUGUCUCUGUAGUAUCUCUUCUGAAAGGAAAGCAUAGAAGUUCUGGCUGUGUAAGAAAACAUUUGAGAAAGAUCAUGUACUUUCCAUUUGGGUUUAGUGAGAACAAAGGAAAUUAAGAAUAAGAUCAGGAGUUAUUAAAUGUUUUAAUUAUUAAAAAGUUUUAAGUGUUGAAUUAUUGGUGAGCUAUGCAUAUUCAUUGAAACUAUAUCAAGCUCAUUUAAAAACAUUCACAAGCCUCAUAUAAUCAUUUACAUAAUGUUUGUACUUUAAUGAAUAUUCGUCUCUAAGAUGUUAGUCAUUGAGUCCAUUUAUAUAUUAAAUCACUAACAUUGAAUUAUUUUCCUAGCUUCAGUUAACUAUGCUACAUCAAAUACUACCUUGUAGAAUAUUCAUUCAUUAUCUUCUCAUUGACAUUUCUCUAUGUUAUUGGCUCAUAUAAAUGAGGCACUGCUUUGGCUUCAGAAACUAAGGAACACAGUUAAAAAGACAACAUUUGACUGAUGCUUUCACAAAAAGAUAGAGGUGGAAAGGGUUUUCUUUUACUGCAAGAAUACAGUAGAGUGUACAAAAUCAGUAUGUACACAGCAGCUAAUUGGGAUCCAAAUAAAAUACUAAAUACUACUAACAUACAGAGUACUGUAUCUGUACUGAAUUCUGUCACCUGAACUCCCGACAGAUGACAGAUGUAUUAAACAGAGUGUGGCUAGCAGUGCACAGAGGGAAUGGGGAACAGUUUGGGAGCAGACAAACUGAAGGCCUCAGUGUUUUGGGGCAAGGAGGAGUAAUGGGGGCAUUGUGCACCUGUGUCCAUACAGAACAGUGCUAAUGUGUGUGUUAGUCCUGCAGUGUUAACUGCACAUCACCUGCUUUUUAGUAAAGGUAGUUGUUGUUUUGUUAAGGUUGGCAUCUCUACUGAUUUUUUCGUUCUGCCCUUGAACAGGCAGUUAACCCACUGUUCCUAAGCCGUCAUUGAAAAUAAGAAUUUGUUCUUAACUGACUUUCCUAGUUAAAUAAAGGUAAAAUAAAGUUUUAAAAAAUUAAAAAAUUCAGAAAGCA